ACCGUGUGAGCCUCAUCGCCAACUCGGAGGCAUUCAAGCAAAAAAGCCUCUAAACAAACCCCUCGAUCACUCCCUAAACCUCGAUCAAUCGGCCGGCCAUGGCGUCCUCCCGGCUGCUCUUUCUCCUGUCGUGCAGCUGCCUCGCGCUGGCUUUGCUCGCCAGCGCCGAAGUGCACCACCACGAGUUCAUCGUCCAAGAGACGCCGGUGAAGAGGCUGUGCAAGGAGCACAACAUCAUCACGGUGAACGGGCAGUUCCCCGGGCCGACGCUGGAGGUCCGGGAAGGCGACACGCUCGUCGUCAACGUCGUCAACCAGGCCCAGUACAACGUCACCAUCCACUGGCACGGCAUCAGGCAGUUCAGGACAGGGUGGGCGGACGGGCCGGAGUUCGUGACGCAGUGCCCCAUCAAGCCGGGCGGCAGCUACAAGUACAAGUUCACCAUCGAGGGGCAGGAGGGCACGCUGUGGUGGCACGCGCACAGCUCCUGGCUCAGAGCCACCGUCUACGGCGCGCUCAUCAUCCGACCCAGGGAGGACAAGGCGUACCCAUUCGAGAAGCCCUCCCGUGAAGUCCCACUUAUGCUCGGGGAAUGGUGGGACGCGAACCCGAUCGAUGUCAUCCGGGAGGCCCAGAGGACCGGCGGGGGACCAAACGUCUCUGACGCCUUCACCGUCAACGGCCAGCCCGGUGACCUCUACAACUGCUCCCGCGAAGAGACCACGGCUAUCUCGGUGAAGCCCGGGGAGACGGCCCUGCUCCGGUUCAUCAACUCUGCGCUCAACCACGAGCUCUUCGUCUCCAUCGCCAACCACAAGAUGACGGUCGUCGGCGCCGACGCGUCCUACACCGAGCCAUUCGUCACCUCGGUGCUCAUGAUCGCGCCGGGCCAGACCACCGACGUCCUCGUCACCAUGGACCAGGCGCCCACCCGGUACUACAUCGCGGCGCGUGGCUACGUCACCACCCAAGGCGUGGCGUUCGACAAUACUACCACCACCGCCAUCCUCGAGUACGAUUGCGGCUGCAGCACUGAUUUCGGCCCUGCGAUCCGCCCGGCGUUCCCCACCCUCCCGGCGUUCAACGACACCAGUGCUGCUACGGCGUUCGCGGCGGGCAUCAAGAGUCCACGGAAAGUCGAGAUCCCCAGCCCCGUCGACGAGAACCUAUUCUUCACCGUCGGCCUCGGACUGUUCAAUUGCAAGCCAGGGCAGCAAUGCGGCGCGCCAAACAACACCCGCUUCACGGCCAGCAUGAACAACAUCUCCUUCGUCUUCCCAAAGGCCACCUCCCUCCUCCAUGCGCACUACUAUGACAUCCCGGACGUCUUCACUACCGACUUCCCGGCCUACCCGUCGGUGCAGUUCGACUACACAGCACAGAACGUCAGCCGCAGCCUGUGGCAGCCGAUCCCGGCGACAAAACUAUACAAGCUUAGGUAUAACUCCGUGGUGCAGAUUGUCCUGCAGGACACGAGCAUCGUCACGCCAGAGAACCACCCCAUCCACCUCCACGGCUAUGACUUCUAUAUCCUUGCCGAGGGAUUUGGCAACUUCGACGCGAAGAAGGACGCCGAGAAGUUCAACCUCGAAAACCCACCGCAGCGGAACACGGUGGCUGUGCCGGUGAACGGCUGGGCGGUCAUCCGGUUCCGUGCCGACAACCCAGGGGUGUGGCUCAUGCAUUGCCAUCUCGACGUGCACAUUACCUGGGGCCUGGCAAUGGCGUUUCUGGUGGAGGACGGGUAUGGCAAGCUGCAGACACUGGAGGCACCUCCAGUUGAUCUUCCGAUGUGCUAAUGAUCAGCAGAAGAUACCACACAAGACUUUUGAAGGCUGCUCAUGUCGUGUACCCAGUUGCUGUUUUUUGGGGGUAUUUGUGAUAUUUCUUCUAGGGGGUCGAUUUUCCAGCUUGGUUUGUGUCUUUCCCCUGUAAAUUCGUGUAAUUCUCAGUGAUUCCUCAGCUUAUUAUUUAAAGAUUUAAAAUUAAACUUUUAUUUGGUAUAGCAGAUGUAACCCAAUCGAUUAUUACAGAUGGCGCAACAGAAAA